AUGUUGCCGUUGCUCGGAACGCAGCCUCGCGGCAUGCCGCAAUCCACCAACGCCAGCCCUUACGCACCAUCACGCUACCAUCCCAGGGCCUUGGACCAUCAUCAACAGCACCACGGGCCCGCUUCUCAGUUUCCGCGGGCAUUCCCAAUCAGAACAUCUCAAUCACACCGGCGAGCCACCCAGUACCCGAGCUCUCCGUACCCCACCCGUUCCGAGCAUCGUCGUCGAAAACUCCUUAGCGAAUAUACCAAUGCGCACUACUAUGGGUCAUCUGUCCGUCCAGUUGUAGGCCCACAGGCCCCGAGAAUUCUUAUAAACUCUGGCGUCUCAGACUCCGGCUACUAUGUUCCUUUCGAGCCGCAUUUCAAUCCAUCGCGAGGAAGCUGGGAUUCCGGAACUGGAGGCUCGGCUCAUCAAGCGCAGCCAAACUACAAUCCUGGCCCGUGGAUCUCUGACGAUGAGUCCUCAGGAGGCUAUGGGCUUCAUCAAAGCAUUUUCUCCGGAAUGCCUUCGUACCAAGCUUCACAACUCGGGCACUUCAAUUCGAUUACAAACAUCUAUCAGCCCUUUCUUCGAGCCAACGAAUACAAUGUCCGUGCCUUCUGCCCACCACCAAUACCAACAUCCGAGAGUUUGCUAUUCGGGUCAAAUGGCUGGCAACCAACUCCAUUACCUUGGCAUCAAGAACCAACCGGCUUGCAGAGUAAUCCCCCAAAUAUGUCGGCCCCUGGAAGGCCACUGGUGGGGUUUGAUCACAACCUCCGGUCUACGGAUUACACUGGAAUCCCAGAAUAUGCAUAUGGACCCAGCAACUCCACGUACCCCAAUAUGGAACGCUUAACUCUAGAUCCCGGGUCAGGUUUUAACGGGAUCCCACAGCAAGUAGUGACUCAUGUUCCGAUGGGUUUCAAGGAGAAAGCGAUUGCUCAGGCCCAUAGAUCGUAUAUGGGCUUGUUGGCAUAUAUGCAAAGCUCCCGGAGACCACCUCAAGGAAAAUUUGGUGACCAUUCCCAAGGUCCAACACGACGAUUCGUGUAUCCGAAACCACCCAACCCUAUAUCGUCUGCAGGUCUAAAUGGUAGUUCAGACCAACGCUACUACCCAGAAAGUAAGCCGUUCCGUAAGGACAGUCAAGCGCAUCUCGCCCACACGGAAUGGCUCAGACGAUAUCCAGCCGGAUACCCUGCACAGCAGACUGACACAUCCAACUUCGCCUCACACCCUUCCGACAUGCCUGGAGCCCAUAACAAUCAUGACCUGGAGUCUGGGUCACAUUUUGGUCCGUUGAAUUCAAACAACGUCAGGGACAUACAUUCUUUUGGCCCUUUGUCGCCUAUUGACAGCGCUAAGUCAAGCCUCGAAGUGCUCGGUGCCCUAUGUGAACAAAGUGGGUGGCAAUGGAUAGACGGGAUAUUGCUUGGCGGCUGCCUCCAUUACGCUCUCGAAGACUAUCAAUCAGCUUUGCACUGGUUUACGAGAAUAACGGCCAUAAACCCGAGCCAUGUCGUUGCCAUCACGGAUAUCGCCGCAACAUUAUACUGCCUAGGAAGACAGGAUGAGGCCGAGAGGAACUGGCUUAAGGCAGUUAAACUCCAACCCGGGUAUUUAGAAGCCGUUGAAAACCUUGUGGGCCUUUUGUAUCGCAAACGUAGCCAAGAAGCCGUCGAGAUUAUUACGUUUGUACAACAAUCUCUACGGCUGUUAGCAGAUGAAUCAUCGCACUCUAAACCGGCAAAGGAACGAUUGAACCAAAAUUCUACUCAAAUUUCGGGCUCUCAAGAGACAUUUGGUGCCUUGCCUCCGGCUGGUUUCGGAGCUAAUGGCUUUGGCUCGAGUGGUUAUGCCCUCCCUGGUAGCGAGAAUGGAAGAAUUCUUGCUCUAUCACAUGCUAAGGGGACAAUGCUCUAUGGGUUGAAGGAUAUUGACCGCGCUUCAGAAGCUUUCGAGGAAGCUGUGCUUAUCAGUAUUGGCCGUCGUGCAGAUGGGAUCCGCCAUUUAGUUCGCCGCGUUCAGACAGUUCUCUCGCCACCAAUGCAAUCGAAUAACACGCCACAAUCACUGCAGCCCCUUUUACUGGAACCUGAAAGGGCUCGACAAACUGCUCGCCUCGUGUUUCCGGAUACUGGAGAGCUACCUGGGUUGGCCUUCGUGGCAGAUGGUGCUCCAAAGCGAGCCGCCAGGCAGACGACAAGCAACUCACUCUUGUCCUUGGCCAAAAUUUUCCAAGAUGCAAUGUCGAGCGGCUCAUCUGGACUCAGCGUGUUGCAACGUCCGUCGGGUGUGGGUGACAUCCUGGCCCUAUACUAUCUUUCCCUUUCCUUACAGGAAAGCCCGUCCACGGCAAACAAUGUUGGGAUUCUUCUAGCAGGAGUUCCCCAAACCGCCUCUCACCCAGUAUCUAUGGGUGGAAAUAUGGGAUUGCAUCCCGAAAUCUUAGGAGUACCACGCGGAAGUGGCCUUGCUCUGGCUCUAGCAUACUACCAAUAUGGGCUGCGCCUCGAUCCCAAGCACGUUCAUCUUUAUACUAACCUUGGCAGCCUCCUUAAGGAUAUUGGACAGCUGGAUUUUGCAAUACAGAUGUAUGAGCAAGCAGUCUCAUGCGAUGGAACGUUUGACAUUGCUUUGACGAAUCUAGCAAAUGCCGUCAAAGACAGGGGUCGUGUGAAGGAUGCCAUCAUGUACUACAGGCGUGCUGUGAAAUCAAACCCGGACUUUGCCGAGGCCGUCUGUGGAUUGUUGACGGCUCUGAACUCCGUCUGCGACUGGAGAGGGCGAGGUGGAGUGAUUCUGGAUUCUGGACGGCUCGACAGGUGGCAUGUUGAUGAUGAUGGAGCAUUGGUCGAUGCCCAAGGUUCGCGUACCGGGCGCGGCCUAACGCAGCGCGUUGUCAACAUUGUUCACCACCAGCUACAAGAAGCUUCGCGCUGGGGUUUCAAUAUCCUGCAGGAGGAUUUCAUCUACGCCGUGGCUCAACAACUCUCGGAAUCCUGCGACGUUUCUGCCGACAACAUUGCUGAGCAGUUACGUCGCUGGAAAGGGAAACCCUGGGAAGGGUCACGCUUCGUCCGUCUAGCAGAACGGGCUACACGAGUGAUGUUAUGGAAGUGGUAUCGCUGCACUCGUUCGGAUAGUGCACAUUCCCAGUAUCGCCGGUUACAGCUGCCAGCAAGUCUUACGAUGCCUUCAGCCCCGACGGUCCUCCCGUUUCAUACAUUCACUUGCCCCUUGGGCCCUAAGGAUAUCCGGGCCAUCUCACAGCGAAACGCGCUCAGAAUCACAUGCUCGACAUUAAGGUCACCUUGGGUUCCGGCAACGUUGUACCGACCGCCCAGGCCUCCUAGGCCUCAGUUAAAUGUUGGUUAUGUGUCAUCGGACUUUAACAACCACCCUUUAGCCCAUCUCAUGCAGUCUGUGUUUGGGCUACACGACCCUGCGCGUGUACAUGCUAUUUGUUAUGCUACGGCCGCCAGCGACAACUCCAUCUACCGGCAAAAGAUCGAAAGAGAGGCUCCAGUAUUUCGUGAUGUGAGCACCUGGUCUCCGGACAGAUUGGUUCAGCAGAUUGUAGAAGAUGAUAUUCACAUACUUGUGAAUCUCAACGGCUACACUCGAGGGGCUCGGAAUGAAAUAUUUGCUGCUAGGCCUUCACCGCUUCAAGUAUCUUUCAUGGGGUUUGCUGGGAGUUUGGGCGCCGAAUGGUGUGACUAUAUCCUGGCAGAUACGACUGCCAUACCGCCAGACACAUUACGCCCUUGGCGAAAAAACGUUGGCAUCGACGAUGUCUUUCGUGAUGAGGAUGACACUGACGGUGAUAGAUGGGUGUAUUCUGAGAACAUAAUAUUCUGCAGAGAUACAUUUUUCUGUUGUGAUCAUGCUCAGUCUGCUGAUCCCGACGAACGCGGUAUCACCUGGGCUGAGGAACAGAGGCGACGAUGGAAGAUGCGCAAAGAGCUGUUCCCCCAUCUGUCAGACGAUACAGUCAUCAUGGGGAAUUUCAAUCAACUUUACAAGGUGAGAGGCUCCAUUCAGAUUGAACCCACAACGUUUCGGUCGUGGCUGCGUAUAUUAGCCCAGGUGCCCCAGGCAGUUCUGUGGCUCUUACGGUUCCCUGAACUAGGAGAGACAAACCUUCGCGAAACAGCGAAACUGUGGGCUGGACCAGAAGUCGCUGGUCGACUCAUCUUCACCGAUGUAGCCCCAAAAAGUCAGCACAUCUCGAGAGCGCGAGUGUGCGACCUGUUUCUGGAUACACCAGAAUGCAAUGCCCAUACGACUGCAGCCGACGUUUUGUGGUCAAGUACUCCUCUUCUUACGUACCCUAGGUACUCUUACAAGAUGUGCUCGCGUAUGGCUUCAUCCAUCCUCAAAGGAGCAUUGCCAAAAACGGAUGAAGGGAGAGCUGCUGCCUCGGAGCUCAUUGGAGACAGUGACUCCGAGUACGAGAGGAAGGCCAUUACCCUGGCCGGUGGCUUGGCCUACUCAAUUACUCAGUCUGGUUACGGGGAGGGGCGGGGACGGUUGGCGGACAUCAGGAAGCUACUGUGGGAGAGCAAGUGGCAAUGCGCUUUGUUUGACACUCGGCGUUGGGUACGUGAUGUUGAGACAGCGUAUGAGGAAAUAUGGAGGAGAUGGGUCGCAGCAGAAGGCGGAGACGUCUAUCUAUGA